GAGCUCGAGGAGGCCGUGCGGCAGGGCGACGCCGCGGAGGUGCAGAGGUUGCUGACCCACGCUUCCGAGUUGCGGGCGCACGCGCCGCAGGCGGAGGCUCCCGCCGCCCGCGGCCUGGGCCUGAGCUCGCCGCUGCCGCGCUCGGGCCUGACGGCGCUGCAGCUUUCCUGCGCCUCGGGCCACGCCCGCGUCUGCCGCCUGCUGCUGUCGCGCGCGGGCGCCGCCGGCGGGGCCGACCCCGACGCGGCGGACGCGCGCGGCCGCGGGCCGCUGCACCUGGCCGCCGCCGCCGGGGCCGCAGGCUGUGUGGCCGCCCUGAUGGAGUACGGCGCCGACCCCUGCAUCGCGGCUGGCGACGACGGCCGCACGCCGCUGGAGCUGGCGCGGGGCGCGGGCAGCGCGGCGUGCGUGCGGGCGCUGGAGGACGCUGUGGUGCUGUGGCAGGGCUGGGUGGACCAUUGCGAGCACGAGCUGCUGGUGUUCCCGACCUGGAAGGCAAAGCGGCUCGCGGUCGUCAGGGACAGGAGGCCGAAUAGCGGGCCCCCAGACGAGGCCUCCGCGCCCGCCUCGUGGCCCUGCCCUGGCUGCGGCGCGUGCGAGCCGAUGCCCUGGCGCGUCCGGCGAUUCUACUGCACCCGCUGCGGAACCAAGAUAGUCGUCCCGGCGAUGCUGCAGAUGGCAAUCUACGAGACCAAGUCGGGCCUCAAGAGCGGCCGCCGCGGCGGCGUGGAGAUGCGGGGGGUCCUGACGCAGCG